AUGUACGAUAGGACAUAUGAAGAAUGGGAUGAACAACAAUUAAAACGGCUUGAAAAUCAAAGACAAAUUUUUCAAGAAAAGUUAGACGAUGCUAAAGCUAAUAAAUCAGAAUUACGUGAUGAAAAACAAACAUAUAAACAUGAAGCAACUACACGUCUAAAUGAAAUACGUCGACUCAAUGGAGAACUCGUAGAAAGAAAUUCUGAAAUUGAACGAGUCGAACAAGAACUUGAAAGUUUACGUGAUGAAAAAUUAAAAUCUGAAAUCGAAUAUCAACAACAAGAAAAUGAAUAUAUUCAUUUGAAACAACAACUAAAACAAAAUGAAAAUGAAAUCGAACAACUUAAAGAAAAACUAUAUGAAUUAAAUGAAGAAAGAAUUCGUUUUGAAGAAGAAUCAAAAAAUUUAAAAGAAAAAUGUCAAGAUAUGAAAAAUAAACAAGAUAAACUUCUUGAACAAAUUCAAAAACUUAAGGAACAACAAGAUGAAUUACAACUGAAUAUAGAUAAAUCAACAAAAGACAUUGGUCAAAUUGAAAAUAAAAUUAAUCAAUUUCGACAAAAAAUAGGUCAAUUCGAACAAGAAUUAACUACAAUUGAACAGCGACAUAAGGAAGUUGAACAAAAAUUAAAUGCAAAUGAAUCAGCUCGUGAUUGUCUUGCAAAUGAAAUUAGAAAGAUUGAAAAUAUGUGUCGACGUCUGGAACAAUUAAUUGAUAUGAAAAGAAAUCGAAUGAAUGAAUACAAUCAAUAUAGACAGCAGUUACAAGCUGAAGAGACUCAAGUUCAAACCGAAAUAGCUCAAACAAAACAAGAACUUAUUACACUUCAAGAAAAAAUGAAAUUCUUACAAGAUAUUACCGUGAAAACUCGGGUGGAAGUAAAUGGAUUGAGAGAAACGAUCAUACAAUCGGAAAGACUAAUGCAACAAUUAAAUCAACAAAAACAAAGUCUUGAGAAACAAAUACAAGCAAAAAAUCAAGAACGAAUCGAUAUUAAUCUUAAACAACAAAAUGUUUCUCAACAAGUUCAAUUGACAACUAAUGAAUUAAUAAUGACUAAAGAAUCAUUAGAAAAAUUGAAUGAAACUUUAAAAAAUCUUCAAGAAGAAAAACAAAAACUCGAAGCUGAUCUUGAACGUAUGACUACUGAAAGAAAUCAAUAUGAAUCUCAAAUGAAUCAAGAAAGACAAACAAUACAACAAUUAAGACAAGAACUUCGAAUUGCAACUAUAAAACAACAUAAAUAUGAACGAAUUGUAGCGGAAGAAAAGAAAAAAGUACGUUCAUGUGAAAAAAAUCUUAAAGCAAAUGAAAGUAUAGAAAUAGCAGCUGAAACUGAUCGAGUAAAAGCUGUGCAAGAUCGAAUUCAAGCAGAAAAUAAUCUAAAUACUGCAAUGUUGGAAUUAGAUGAAGCUGAAAGAGAAUUAAAACUCGCCAAAAAUGCCAAAGUUAAAGAUCAAGAUGCAAUCGAUAAAGCUCGUAAAAAUUAUCAACGUUGUCAAAAUGAGACUUUAGUAAGUUCGCUUCGACAACAAUAUCAAGAAGUGACAGAUAGUUUGACAGAAAAAGAACAACAACUUGACAAGCAAAAUAAAGAAACUAUUGAAAUAAGAACUAAACUUGGUAAUCAACAAGUGAAAUAUAAUGAAAUUAAAAAUAAUUGGAAUCGAUUAUCAAAAGAAUGUAAACAACUGAAAAGUCAAAUUAGUGAUAAAAGUUCAAAAGAACGCAAAUUGAAAAGUGAAAUUAAUAAAACAACAAACAAAAUAGAAAAAUUCACAAAAGAUAUUCAAUCAAUGAACGAAUCCAUCGAAAAAUUUAGACAAAAAAUUCAAAAAUUUGAUGAAGACUUAAUUCAAUUAAACGAACAACUACAGAAUAAAGAACAACAAUUUCAAACAAAACAAGAUGAAACUCGACAAAAUGAAAUACAACUAAAUAAUAAACUUAUUGAACUUCAAAUGAAUGAACAACAAAUUCAACAACAACAGAAUAUGAUUAACGAACACAAUACAAUACUUCAAAGAGCAAAUAAUAAUAUGGAAAAUAUUAAAACUAAUAUAGCUAAAAUUAGCAGAUCUGCUUUUGAUUUAGAAGUUGAUUUAGCUGAACAACAACAAUUAUUACAUAGUUCACAAAGAAAACAAGAAACAUUGAAUAAAGAAUAUAAUAAAAUUCAAGAAGAAUUACUAAUACAACAGCGAAAAAAAGAACAACAUGAGAAUGAUAUACGUGAUUUAUCUUAUCAAAUUAAUGAACAACAAAAUCUUUUAAAACAAAAACAAGAUAAUCUAACUGAUUUACAAGAUCAAGUCAAACAAAAACGAUUAGAAUUGAAUAAAACUCAAGAAAAAUAUAAUUCUCAUAAAGAACAAUUUGAUAGUACUCAAAUAGCAUUAACAAAUAUUGAUCAGCAAAUAAGAUAUAUUGAUGUUCAAAGGCGUCAGUCCGAGCGUAAUAUUGAACAAAAGGUUAAUGAAACACAAACUAUUAACGAAGCUUUUAAUAAGAAGCGAAUUGAAAUUGAUAAUAGGAAACAAAAUUUGAAACGAGUAACGAAUGCUUAUGAUGAGAAAAAUAGAGAAUACAACGCAAUGUACAGAAACAAGAACAAUAUUGUCAGUAAAAUUGAUCAUCAUCAAAAGGCUCAAAUUGAAGCAAAUAGAAACGUUCAAGAAACAAACAAUCGAUUAACAGCAGAGCUUAGAACCAUUCAACGCUUAGAAGAUAGUCUCCAUGAUUUGAAUUCGACGCUAAUACAAAAUUUACCUUAUGAACGAACAAAUAAUGAUGUAGCACAAGAAGCAGCAGAGCUCAACAAAUCGGAAAUUGAUAAAUUUGAUCAAGACGAGUACGAGUUAUAUUAUGACUUAACUCAAAGACAAUUCAUAUAUAAUAAAUAUUAG